GCCGGCAGUCGUGCUUGAGGCGGCGCGGCGCAAACAUCGCGCAUACAGCGCCCGCGCGCGCCUUUGCUCGGUCCGUACCGCGAAAUAAACUCAAAAAUUUAAAACUUUGCAAACUUCUUAACCCGUGUUUAGUUUAAUUAAUAUAAGUGGUAAUUAACAGAUUAUGGGCUUGGCCGCGGUCGCCCAAACAGGUCAACAUUUCGACCGUGUUUUUGUGCUUUUUCUAUUAAUGACGUCAUAGGUAGAAAGUAAGUACAAAAUCAAUAUGUGUUCUGAAGUGUUGAUUAAUGAAGUGCAGAAAGUGGGAAGGCCAUGAAAAAACGACACAUAAGAAAGAGCGUAAGGUGGGAGGCGAAGAAUCAAAGACUACGACUCGAUAUACGGAAUGAAACAUGACUGUUGAAAGGAACUAAUUAACGCCAAAUCGUGGUAGCUUCCAUUCACCCUAACAUAUCGUAAUAUUAGUUUGUUAGUCGCCUUUUCUCGUGCCUCUCUCCAAUUCUAAAUUUUAAUGAUAAUUCGUACUGUGAUUGACAAAGUGAUAUUGGUGUUUGUGUAAAUAGUAACGCUAGAACCUUAAACGUAAUAUACCGGGAAUCGUAUAUCUGUGACCGCUCAAUAAAGGCACAAAACUGGCAAGUAUGCAGGCAGCUCUUAUGAUAAGAGCAAAAUCUAGGGAGCGAAGAAAACAACGACUGAAGCGUGGUAUCAAAUAUGAAAUACCGAGCAACGUAGCAACGAAGACUAUUGCACCAUUCCCGAGAUACCCACCUACUUCAUGGUGCGCCGCUGGGCGCGCGGCGUGGCAAGAGGCCGCGGCUCUGUCCGUGGGCGGCGGCGCAGGGGCCGCUGGUGGUGCAGCCCGGCGUUGCUCGGUGCUCGGGGACCACCCGGGGGCCCGAAGGGACCCCCGCGCCAAGUGGCACAGGAACAACCGGGUGCGCGAUGCGUCUUACGGGUCUUCUUCGGAAUCAGACGGCGACGAAGCAAACGGCGAGCCGUGGGGCGUCGCCCGUCUUCUGUACGCUGGACUUGCGACACUUGCAGUGGGCCUGGUUGUGUACUUCGUUGGGACAGGCGACAAGCCUUCCCAGGGUUUCAAGACGCCAGCCUUGCGGCUGGUGGGACCCUGUCUCAUCGUAGCAGGACUGGCCUGCUGCUUACUGCGUAUCAUGUUCUGUAUGUUCGCCAAGCCUUGCUGUCCGCGACGGAACAAUCACAAGGAGAACAGAAGACUGUCAGGUGGUGCAGAGGGAGAAGAGAUGCCUUUAGCUGGCGGAUGUCCCAGCACCCGAGCGGGGCCCGCGCAGUGUUCGCCCGCGAGGCGCCUCGAUUCCUCUUGCGACGUGUCGAGCCUGUCCAGCGGCGAAGAGGACGAACGGCUGCGUCGGUAUCGCACCUCAAACCAGCCGCAGCCGCAACCGCAGCCGCAGACUGUUUUAGUUCAACAGGCAAACCCUCCACGCACAGCGGCGUCUGCGUUGUCAAGCGGAAACGCAGGCAAACGUCCGCCCCCUCGAAAUGUGUCGUUCGCGGGCGGACCCGAUGGCGAGCUCGUACUAAGUCCCUCGCAACUUCGCUCCUAACCAAAUAUACAGACUAUGGCCGAUCGCGGCCUCAGUGUGCUUAAUUACAAAUUACAUAAACUGUUCAGCGAAA